AUGUCACUCAACGAGGAACAGCUGCAACAGCACGAAGGCGAUGAGAUCCAGCAAAUAGGAUACGACAUUUUUCCCGACGCGUCGGCGGCGCCAAACGACAAUCGUCGUAAUCAGGACAAGGAAAAUGGCAACCUGUAUCCAUCCAGGGAAAAGACCGCGAUGGACGCUAAAAAGAAGACGCGAGGUACAGGUCCAUACAUUUGUGCUGGUGAUCGGGUCGAUAAAAUUGAAUUUUCCCGAAUCUUCCUGGUUGUCCGGGCAGAGGACGUCAACGCGACCAGCAGCAGUAGCAGCAGCUACGACAUCUGCCGCAUCUGCCACAUGGGCAAUCCGAGGUCGCAUCGGGCCUGCAACCUCCAGAAUAUGACGGUCAGCGAGCAGGACGCGCGCAGGACCGUCCACCGGGGUUCCUCCUCGGCCAAUCUAGAUCUUGGCCUUUUGGUGUCUGCGUGCAGGUGCCGCGGUACGGUGGGUCUGGUGCACACCAAGUGCCUCGAGCGCUGGCUCACCGAGUCGGGCCACACUCAUUGCGAGCUGUGCGGCUACAAGUACGCGACCAUCCGGGUUCCCCGGCACGGCCUCUUGCGCAGCUUCUUCAUCUGGAUCAAGACGUUCGUCGCAACCCGACAAAUGCUCUUGGAUUCUCUGUACCUGGUGGUGACGACGCCCCUUGCCGUAUUCUCGGCCUACGUUUGCGCCAUGACCCUGAAAAUGGCCCUGGAGAAUCGGAUCGGCGAGAUACCCUGGACGAUAGUCGCGAUGCUCCCGACCUGCUCGCUCACGCUGGUCGCCUACUGGGGCUGGCUGCUCACCCUCCAGAGAUUGCACGGGAGACGAUGGCGCCAGUACUGGCAGAGCAACUUUAUCGUUCAGCUCGUUCCCCACGAUCCCAACGAUAUUAACCGAAAUAUCAUCGAAGAGUUCAAUGCCAAUGAAGAAGACGUGUACGACGAUUUACCCGAUCUCUUUAAUUUAAUGUAA